AUGAGCGGCGGCACCACCACCCUUCCUUCGGACUUGAUUGAAAAGAUCCUAUGGGAGUUACCUACCAAAGAAUUAGUACGGACGAGUAUCCUUUCUAAGGAAUGGAGGUACCGUUGGACCAGAAUUCCUGAAAUUGCAUUUAAGGAGGAUCUAAUACAACUCGACUACUAUGACUUAAAUGAUCAUCAGCUGCCCAUCAUCAUCAAGGAGCAACAGAAAAAUAUGAGAUGUAGAUUUUUCAAUACUAUAAACCAAUACCUGGUACUACACCAGGGACCGAUACUCGCCUUCACCCUUUCCAUGGAAACCACGAGCUCAUCCGCCGACGACACAAGUAUUAAGCAAAUUUUACUUGAUUUGUCGAGAAAGAAUACUGUCAAGAAACUUCGCUUGAGUCUUGUGUGUUUGUCCUCAUCCAUUUUCUCGUUUCAUCAGUUAACACACCUACAUCUCUCUCAUUGUAGCAUUUACAACCAGCCAGCAUCAUUCAACGGAUUUGGUAGCCUUACUACCUUAUGCUUAGAGGAUAUAUAUAUCAAUAACAAAGCACUUGUUGAUAUCUUAUCACAUAGUCCGCUACUUAAAAGCUUCUCGAUGCACAAACGACAUGAUAAUUGUGAUAAUCACAAUCCCACGCCCACCAUCAAUGACCUGUUUAACUACUUACCUUUGAUUGAACAUCUUGGUUUUUGUGUUCGGGACUUUCAGUGGUUGAAGUGUAUCGGUAGAGGGGAAGCCUCACUAGCACCUGCAACUCCAUUUGUCCGCCUCAAAUCCUUAUGUUUAGAAGGAAUGUGUUUCCUUGAGGAAAAUUCGUUGCGUUGUCUUCUACAUAUGAUUAGAAGCUCCCCCAACUUGGAGAAACUUAAGCUUCAGAACAUGUUAUGUGGAAAUCUGGUUCAUUGGAACUACUAUUUCGACGAUGCCUUCUACCCUGUGACAAUGCAAGAUUAUUCUCAUAUUCGGUUGGAACAUUUGAUUGAAUUGGAGAUUGAACAUUUUUACAAUAAGAAACCUAACAGGGAGUUUGUGAAGCUUAUAUUGGCCAAAUCGCCCGUUCUCAAGACUGUCAGGUUAAUGGUUCACGAUAAGGAUGAAGAGUUAAAGAUGCUAAGGAGUCUCGUACACGCCCCACGUGCAUCACCAAUGGUUGAAAUCAUUGGUGAUUAUGGAGGUGGUAAAGAACGUAGUUGA